UCCAACCUAAAAUAAACGUUGAUUCAUUAGUACGAUAAAGCGAUUUAAACAUUUUUUUGCAUUUAUCAUUGAACGAUAAUCAUUUAUUUUUCAACAACGUUCAACAGCGAACGAUAUUGUUAUGCAUGUUAAUACGUUAAAUAUUUACAAUGUGAUUAAUCUACGAAGUGAUAUAGUGAACAAGGAAAAGAAAUGUACAAGUUAAACAAUCUACUAUUCUUUUACUAUUUUGCAGUUGUUACUGUUUUUGCUGAUACACCUGUAGUGAAUGACAAUAUUUGCAUAUUUCGUGAACCUGUUUUUAGUGUUUUCACUUACAACUUUACCAGUCUUAUAAGUCCUACAAAGGAUGCUAUUGUAAAUGACGAAAGUUUAAAUGUAACUGUACGUUUACAAUUAUGUUCUGCACUAAAACAAAAAUGCAAUGGAAAAGAUGGGUAUGGAAUUUGUUUAGUGAAAAACGAAAAAGAAAAAGGAAUAGGAAAAAUGCCCCCAGCGGUAAAUAUAACAAAUGGAAGAAUAAUGUUUGUAUUCACAGGUGAUGACUGUACAUCUGAUACUAAAUAUACUGUAAAUAUUAUUAUGAAAUGUGAUUAUAAAGCUGGAAACAAUUCUCUUCCGGAAUUAUUUCCUCAGACAUUAGAAGGAUGUAACAUAUAUAUGAUAUGGAAAAGUGUUCUUGCUUGUGGACCUCGAAUUAAAGGAAAUUGUACAGUAACAGAUAAAGGAUUGCAUUAUGAUUUAUCACCUUUAACGAAAUAUUCAGACAAUUAUUUUGUUAGAAUAGAUAAAACAUCUCCAAAAAUUAUAUUAAAUAUUUGUCAUUCUGUAAUAUUUGAAUACAAAGCCCUGUGUCAGUCGCAUUCUGGAGCUUGUUUACAGAAUUCUUCAUUCAAUGAAUAUGUGAAUUUGGGCGAUAUUCAAAACCCACCCUUUGUAACAGAUUCUGGAGAACUUAAACUUGAAUAUCAGGAUGGAGAUCUGUGUAAAGUGAGAAGUAUUUCAGUACCACAUAUUAAGACUUCUAUCACUUUUAAAUGUGACUUCGAAGCUAUGAAUACAGAUCCAGAAUAUAUUGGAGGAAGUGAAGAGUGUCACUAUCAAAUAAUGUGGAGAACUGCAGCAGCUUGCAGUGUGGAAUCUUUACGUAAUCGUAGUAUAGCCACUGCUGGCAAUUGUACAGUGAAUAAUCCUCUUACAAAUUUUACGUAUGAUCUACGAUCUUUAAUGAAUAAAAACUUUUAUACAAUAUCAAAAAAUGGCAUAAAAUAUAAAUUUGGUGUAUGUGAAUCACCUGUGAAUAAUUCAUGUGUGGCAGGAACAGGAAUUUGUCUUACUCAGAAUAGUACAUCUAUGGGAAAAGCUAAUACAAAUUUAAUCUGGGGAGAGGGUGGACCAUAUUUAAAUUAUACAGAUGGAGACAUAUGCGAGAAUGGAUUACAACGUUAUACAAUUAUUGCAUUUUUAUGUGGAGCAGAAGGAUCUCCAGAUAAGCCACUUAUUAUGGAACAAAAUGCUUGUCAAUUGAUUAUACAUUGGAACACUAAUUUAGUUUGUGAAAAAAGGGUGAAAUGCGCGACAGAAGAUGACGAAAUAAAUUUAAGUUCAUUGAUAAAAUCUGCCAAUAACUAUAUUGUAAAAGUAAAUAAAACUGAGUUUCAUAUAAACGUAUGCAGGCCAUUAAUUCCUGUAUCAGGUUUAACAUGUGUACAUGGCAGCGCAGUUUGCAAAGCUUCAUUAAAUUCACGUAAUGAAUAUGUAGACGAAAUCAGUUUAGGGUUUCCAAAAGAAAAUCCUAUAUUGUAUAAAAACCAUGAAACUGUGUUACGUUAUGUGGAUGGAUCUCCUUGUCCUGAAAAUCCAAAAAGAUUAAUUUCUUCAAAUUUUACGUUUCCGUGUUAUAAUAAUGGCAAGGGAUUUCCGCAAUUUAAAAGAUAUGAAGACUGCACUUACAUUUUUGAGUGGAAAACAAGUAUAACAUGUGGAGCUGCAAUGGGAAAUUGGACUUCUCCUUGCAUUAUACACGAUCAAUUACUUUCCUAUGAGUGCAAUCUAUCUCUGCUACAUAAAAAUGAAAAAGUAUACUAUGUGGAGAACAAACAAGGGAAAAAAUAUAGCAUAAGUAUAUGUGGUGGAGAAAAGAGCUGCAAUGGUUCUGCUGUAUGUGAGGGAAACAAUGGUUAUGGAACAUUAGCAAACGUAAUUUUUGAUUAUGGCAGAGAUGUUAUAAAACUUCAAUAUUCUAAUGGUAGUAAAUGUGUAAAUAGUAAGUAUGCAGCGUAUAUUGUGUUAAAUAAUAAUGAUUAUAAAUCAGUUAUGUUAUUAUUAUUAUUAUAUCAAUUAGGCUCCUACACAUCCGAAGUACGAUUUAUAUGUAACGAAUCUAUAGGAAUUGGCACACCAAAGCUGUUAUGGGAAUCACCGUGCAGUGCAGAAUUCGAAUGGCAUACAAAUGUAACUUGUACCUGCCAAUCAAACUCUCAACAACCUACUGUUUCUCCAAACGCACAGGAAGAUGUACAUGAAUUGGCUCCUAGUCAUACUGGUACAAUUGCAGGCAUCGUGCUCAGUGUUAUCGCCCUGGUAGCUGCGUUGCUUUAUUUUCGAGAUCCAGAUAAACGAGCAUGUUUGCGCUCUUGCAUUAAUCCAUUUUCCUUGAAAAGAGGCAGUGGUCGCGUUCAAUACUGCAGGGUCGACACUACAGAGGAAGCUCGUCUUUUGCUAGACGUCGAUCCAACGCAGUGCCAAACAGAUAGCGACGAUGAUCUUCUGAAUGCCUAGUCAUAUCUCAUUGUUGUUGUUUAUCCGUAAAACUUUAUUUUAUCUAAGUUUCAAAACACACGAGGAAUAUAUACUCUUAUCGAACACGUGAAAUUCUUGCUUGAAACGCGUGAAAACAUGCUUCUCUGCUUUCUUUGCGUUACCAUUGGUUCCGUGCCAUAAAUUUAUUAAUAUUAAUAUUUAGGACUGUCGCGUAGAAGAAACGAUUUUAGUAAAUAUAGUUUUCGUGUUUCAAUGUAAUAAUUGAUAUCGGCUCUUGUUUCAUUUAGAACUUUGCUAACACGAGAGUUACUUGUGGAAAUAUUCAAACUAAUAGAUAUACAGAUAGGCUGAAACUGAAGAUUUCGUUUGGUAAAAUUGUAUAAUAUUUUUUACACGGAGUUAUACAUUUUCUGAACUAUCCUUGGAAAAAUAAGUUCAGUAAUUCGACUAAUAUUAUACGGUGAGGUUGUAAAGUAGAAUUAGCGUUAUAAAAUUUAUGAAUGAAAUUUGAUGAUUUUAUAGUAAUGUGAUUUGAGUCUAAAUUAAUUUUUAUGCUUCUAAGAAGCUUGUAUAUAUUUUAAGUUUGUUUAAAAUAGAUAUGUUUUAUUUCUAACUGUAAUAGGAGAUAGUCUUCUAAGAAAUCAAAAUUUUUAAUAAAGCAAUUGGAUUAUUUCAUGAUAUUAAAUUACCAAUUGAAACACUGUACUUAUGUACUCGGGAAAUUUAAUUUUCUUCUUAUUUUUCUGUUUGAAAACUACUGAAGGAAAGCUCAAAGAAAGUUUUCAAAAGAUAAUCUUUCCUUUUUUGGUUUCUAUUCUGUGACAAGAUUUUUGUUACCUUCUAUGGUACGGAAUUUAUACAUAACAUUUAUUUUGAUAAUUAAGAGAAAACAAUGUUCUUUACAAUGAAAUUAAUAUAAAGCUUCUUAAAUAUUUUGUGAUUGAUAUAAAAUAUAAAGCAUUCCAGUAUAUUUUUGAAAGAAGAUUAUAUUUUAUAUUAGAAUAUCAAGAAUCAAUUUGAAGCUUUUCGUAUACAAGAAAGGAAUUUCCAAAAUUCAUUAAAAAAUUAACGAUGUAUUUCAAACAGAUCUACUAACGAAUAUUCUAUAUGAAAUGCAAUAUACAUAUAGCAGUAUCGUAUUAUACGCAGUUAAUAAAAUUUGAAAUAAUUGAAUAGAAAUUCUAAUAUCGCUGGAUCUCUUGUCAUCAACAAUAUUGCGCUUGUGAUUUAUGUAAUAUUUGUUUUUUAAAUGUCAUUAUAUCGAUAAUAUUGACGGAAAUAUUUUAUUGUAAUUUACCAACCGAACAAUUGUAGCAUAGUUUGCAAAGCUUCUUUAUAGUUCUUUAUUUUGUGAAAUAUGUAAUAUGUUAGUUAAUUAUUUUAUCGAUGUAUCUUUGUCGAUUAUAAAAAUAUGUAAUUCCAAAGGGGUACUUAAUCUGUAUCUGCAACAAUGUUUUUAAACGAUGUGUCUAUAAAUAAAAUCUUUUAAUCAUUG